AUGAAUUUAAGGUGUGUGUCACUGCACAAAAAACACUUUCUGAUGUCAUCAAUGUCAGUUUCCGAUUGCAUUCCAAAGACUGAAGAAGUGAAAAAUACGCAGCGGUUCACCGUAAAAAGAUAUCCAGAAAAAAUGGGUUACAUGUUCAAACGCACUUUCGAUUUUAUUUUGCUGCUAUUAGUGAUGGUUACGGCCUUCGAUUACGUCUUAAGUCAAAGUGAUUCAUACACGAUUGGAAUUCAUCAGAUCAAAAGUGCAAAUUUUCCGAGGAAAUGGUCUCGAAAUGAGUUGAGCAGUGAUUUUUGUGGUGGCAUUUUUCGCAAUAAGCAAGUCGUAAUUAAAUCACCACGUUAUCCAAACAAAUAUCCCAAGAACGAAAACUGUGAAUAUGUAUUCUACUCACCUUUUGUGUGCACCAACGAGUUUCACAUUCAAUUUUUAGAUUUCCAAAUAGAGUCAUCGCUUAGUUGUUCGAAAGAUAAAGUACUCAUUGGAACUGAUGAAGUUUUGUGCGGGCAAGUUAUUGGAAUUAUGAAGUACAAGGCCAUAAAUGGUACACUUCGAAUUAAAUUCAUAAGUGAUGAAACAAUCGAAAAUAAAGGCUUUGAAUUGCUCGUGACUCGGCUGCCGUGCUCCUUGAAUAAUUCAAUUGAUGAUGGUAGUUUCAGUGAAUCAUCGACACAUUCAGUGAUAAACAUUCCAUCCUCUAAGCCCCAUUUAUUACCCGUGACUCAAAUCUUUCCAGUGCAAAGACAAAAUAAUAAUGUCGUUCCAAUAACAUCAACAUUAGAAAAUGUAGUAGCAAACGCCGAAGUGGAAAGUGUUCCAGAGACCACUAUUGUAAAACCAAUCUGCAGUAGUCAAACACAGCAACAUGCGGCUUGGCCAUCAUCUUCAUUUUAUCCAUCACCACUAGCGCUGCCGGUAGUGUCGCCGCUCCCGAGCUGCUGUACUAACGUAUACAAUCAGCAAAAGUUUUACCUAAUAAGUCCAGGUUUUCCGAACGUACCAUUCCCCAACGAUUGUUUAUUUUUCAUCGAACGAAUCCACCCAAAUAUUUGUCGUCUGCGAAUUGACUUCAAAUAUUUCCUUUUGGGUGACUGGCAACAGCGUCAAUGCACUCACAGUUUUGUGGAAAUUGACGGUCGGCGUUUUUGUGGCUGCAAAAGUGGCACCAUAUACUUCACACAAUGGGGACCAUCGCCAAAACCGAUCCGGUUUGCCAAUACACUACGAUUUGGUGGCAUUCAGGGUUUCAUUUUAGAGAUUACUCAAGAAGCAUGCCCAUACAGAUCGGUGGCAAUUCAAACGUUGCCGGUAAAAAGUCAAUUAGUACACAUGAACGACCCACGGCGAUGUUCACUCAACUACAUCUCUUGGUUGAACCAUAAUACAAAUCAAGAACUUUUGGCUAGAUCGAUUUGCAUUCGAAAUCAUGGUUGAGUUGAAAUGAAUAAAAAACAUCCUAGAAGUAGACUAAUGUCGAAAAUGUAUUUACAACAACUGAUAAUAAAUCUAUGUGGUAUGGUUUUCAUUUGAA